UGUCAAUUAAGUCAAUCCAACGUUAUUAAUAGAUCUGUAAAAUAACCCUGAUUAUCUUAUUUUACUUUUUGUAUCCAGAACCUUCAUUACUAACACUCAGGGAUCGCUACUUAUUUACGUUAUGAUAUUGUUAAUAUUAGCUGUUUUACCGUUAGUUAAUAGCCAAGGAUGGAACUAUGGCAGUUUAGGACCAGUUACAUGGGCAGAUAACUUCCCGCAAUGUGGAGAGGCGAACCAGUCCCCCGUUAACAUAGAUAUUGGCGCCGCAGAAUAUGACUCGAGCUUAAAUGCGUUCGGAUUCCGUAACUUUGAUAAAAAAGCUAAUAAUGAACUUGAAAAUACAGGGACUACUGCAAGAAUGUUGCUUGGGGAGAAUAAAGGAGUUUUCCUUUACAAUGGCGGACUGGAUGGCAGAUAUAUCACAGAGGGGUUCCACUUUAGAUGGGGAUCUGAUCACACAAUCAACGGUCGUCAAUUUCCACUUGAGCUGCACAUUGGGAGUUAUAGUGCGAAAUUCGGAACCUUUAUGGAAGCGAUUGGUGCUUCGGCCACCGAACCAGAUAGCGUAAUGGCCAUGGCCGUACUUUUUGAGAUAUCACCCAACGAUAACGUAGCCCUGGAGCCAAUUGUGAAUGCACUCGGACAAAUACAAACUGCAGGCUCAAAGGCGAAGAUCACAGGUAGUCUCCGAUUUGAGGAUCUUCUGCCAUUCUCCGCAGCGACAAAUUAUUACAGAUACCAGGGAAGGUUUUCCAACCCACCAUGUUUUAAUACCUUGUGGACGGUUUUCGCAGACACUGUUUUGAUCUCAGAAAGACAGCUGGAAGCAUUCAAAGGUCUCAAUGACAUGGAUGGAAAUCCUUUGAAGGACGUUUUCAGACCAACCCAGGAUCUUGGAGAUCGUAUUGUCAAGUCAAGCGUUCCACCUCAAAUGGAAUUUGUCCCUGGUUCUCCACCGAGGAAAGCCUGUGUUGAUGUGUUUUUCGUCAUUGACGAGAGUUGCUCUGUGUAUGAAGACAUGCAGAAAGUUAAAGAUUUCAUCAAGGAUCUAGUUGAUGGAAUUAUUGUUGGAGAUGAUGCAGUGUUAAUGUCUCUCGUGAGAUACAGUGCUCCAGUGAAUAUGAACUUCUUCCACAGUAUGACGACCAGCAAUGAUGUUGUAAAGGGAUUCAUAGAUACACAGCCAUUAGGACAACAGAGCACUUGUAGAACGCAUACCUCACAAGCUCUCAAGUUCAAUUCAAAUAGGUUCUUUGGUCUAGGCAAGUGGGACAACGAAACUGCAGAGCGUGACUUUGGAAUUAGGAAUAUUGCCCCUGAUGUCAUGAUCAUAAUAACAGAUGGAACCUCUAUUCCGAUGAAAGGUCGACCUUCCGCCUUGGCAGAGGCCGCCAAACUGAGGGCACGGGGAGUUGAGAUUUACACCAUCGGGCUGAUAAAUCAAAAUGAACGUGAUGGUUCAGUGGAACUGCGAGGCUUUACUGGGGGAAAUGAUGACCAUGUCUUUGAUAUAAAUGAUGAAGGUUUAGCCGGACAAUUUGCGGAUAUCAUCAACUCUUACAAGACAUGUACAGGCGACAAAGAUUGUUCCCAACUGGACAUGGUGUUGGUGAUAGACACGUCACAGAGUUUACUCAAAUCUACUGAAUGGGAACGGAUCAGGAAAGACCCAGAUAACCACCAUGAGAUAAAAUCUGUAAAUCUGAUGGCUGUUAAGACAUUUUUCAAACAGUUACUAGCUGCCGUCCCAAUAGGCAUGGAUAAAACGAGAGUGGCCAUCGUCUCAUUCGAUGAAGUGGUUACGAUCCACCAAUACCUCGAUGAAACUACGGACUAUGCAGGAACAAAGGAUACGUUGACAAAUAGUGUCAUUGAUUAUACAGGCGUUGGGACACGUACAGAUGCAGCACUUCAAUAUGUUCUUAACAGGGUAUUGAAAGGAGAUCGUGGGGAUCGUGAGGAUGUAAACAACUUCAUUAUGAUGGCGACUGAUGGAGUUGCGUUUCCAUGUUGCACGGCUGGCUGCUGCAUGAGUAGCACGGGAAACAACACAUGUCCAAGAACUGACUACCCAUGUAUCUCCAAGAGUGAAGCCAUAAAGGAUGUGAAACUUGCUGCUCAUGAACUGAAAGAGAAUUGGAGAAAUGAUGUCUACAUACUUGCGCUUCCAAACAAACCCGAUCGAGAAGAUAACUCAGCUAAGAAACAAAUGCAAAAGAGAAUAGCAAUGUCCUUAUAUGAGGCACUUGUAAGAAAUACAGCUACCGACAUCAAAACACUGGAACAGUUCAAUGAGUUGGAAAACAUCGUGAAAGAGAUGAUCAACAGAGUUUGUGCAGCUGCUGAUGGCCUCUUUUUGUCUGCUCCGGUUCCUUAAAAUGAUUUACAGCGCUUGGUAUGGCUAUGAGACGGUGGCGAAGAGUAAUGGACCAACCUUACAACUUGUUAUUUACUCAGUAAAAAAACUUAUUGACAAUUAUUUGAAACUUGUCAACUUGUGUUGUUAAAUAUACAGACACUAUCUCUAUGUGGCAUCGUUCAGUUUUAAUUUCACUUUCACGUGCAAAUGUCUAUCAUCUCCAAUAAUCGAGUAAGAAUUCCCACACUUAGAUAACCUGAACGUCAUCGGGUGAAUGUUGCAUUGCUAACGCGAGGGGUUCUUACUCGUUUAUUGGAGCCCUUGGAUGUAUCAGUAACCGGAUGUCACUAUUAGCAUACGGAUAAAAUAUUUGGAUACAAAUCAACCUCUUUGUUGGUGAAAAUGAUGAUAAUAAAGACGCUUGCAAAUUUUCUUUAUCGGA